GCGAGGGAGGGAGAGGAGCAGCUUAAGCGAUGCGUUUUUUCUUCCUUGAGGUGGACAGUGGAGUGUAUCUGAAGAAAGAAAGAGAAAUUACUUCCCUCAAUUUAGACAUCACAGCAACAGAGGACAGAAAUCUCUCUGGAGUGAGUGGACAAGCGUCUGCACGGCUCUCUCCUGGUGUGGGUUCGGCUCAGCAGUGUCGAUGUUUCCAGUGAAACAGCCGUGGUUGUGUAAAGCGCUAGGUUGCUAUGACUGCUGCAUCCGCUGCCUGGGCGCCGUGCCCUACACCAGCCUGCUGGCCACCCUGCUCUGCUACACCGGCGUGGCUCUCUUCUGUGGGGGAGGGCAUGAGGCGCUCACUCACACACGUACAUUCAUAGAGCUCUACUUCGCAAGGGACGUCCAGGAUUUCACUGUGCUAGCAGACUUUAUAAAAUAUUUCCAGUAUGUGAUCUACGGUCUGGCCUCCUUCUUUUUCCUCUAUGGAUUGUUGCUGUUGGCUGAAGGUUUUUACACCACCAGUGCAGUAAAGCAGACAUUCGGAGAAUUCAGGAGCACCCAGUUCGGGCGCUGCCUCAGUCUGACUUUGAUAAUCCUGACAUACAUUCUCGCUGUGAUCUGGCUGAUUGUUUUUGGCUUCACUGCCGUUCCCGUGCUCUUCUUUAUUAAUAUGGAAAGCGCCUGUCACAAAGUCAACAUUCUGUCAGAAACCACCUUGUUCAACCAGCAGUCCAGGGUCUGCAUGGACGCACGGAUGUAUGGGUUUCUUCCCUGGAAUGCUGUGCCGGGGAUUGUUUGUGGAAAUACACUGGGCAACAUCUGCAAAACACCAGAGUUUUACAUGACCUAUGACCUUUACAUCUGUGCAUUUGCUGGAGCAGGAAUCACCCUUCUCGCCCUGUUCAUUUACGUGGUUGCCACCACCUACAACUACGCUAUUCUAAGGUUCCUCGGAAGGAAGGGAAUCCGUUGCUAGGUUCGAUGUUGCUAGGCCCGCUUUCCUGUAGUCUGUUGCAGCGGUAUCAGUGUCAUCACUGUGGCCUGUGAGGAAACGCAAGAGAGUUCCAUGAAGCCCCUGCAGAGUUCUAUCAUACAGAGCACAAACACACACAAACCACUAGUUUCAUGAGGCAAAUAAGUACAAACUACAUUAAAGAACACCGAUUAAUGAAAAGAAAAAAAAAUCACUGAAGCUUUACACAUAAAACCACAAACUACUGUGCUGUAGAUCUCUGGAGGAGUGGAAUCUAGCUUCUGUAUUUCUUCAUUUGUCUCCUCUCUCUGUGUCUUUGUCACACACACAUUAUACCGCUCUCCUUUCUCUCACGGCCAUUUAUUCAUUUUAAUGAUUGUAUUCAUUGUGCUUCAUGGUCAUAUUAAUGCCUUGUGGUUUGCUAGGAUUUUAGCUUCUCUUUCUCUCUCUCAUGUUUCAUCUUUUUGAGAGAGUUUGACUUGUUGUUUCCUCAGUUAGAUGGUUUAUAUUCUGAGACACACAUAGAGAAACAGAGCUGUAGUGAGCAGCUUUCUGUGUCAAUUUGAAUUCAGUAUUUACAGACACUCUUAGUGUCAGUGUCACCUCCUGCGUGUGAUUUUAAGUUUGUGAGUGUAUUUGUUGUAUAUUGUGACUAACUGUGGCAAUAUGCUGAACCUGUUCAAUGAUGGUGCUCGAUCAAAGGAACUAAUGUUUUUUUUAUUAUUGUUCUGGCUCAUUUUAGAAAACUAAAAAUAUUUCUACAGUAGAUGGAUAACUGUAAAUGAUUAAUAAAAAUUAUGCAAACUAAAGCGAAUUUAUAUAAAAUUGUGUGUUGACUUCAUAGAAACUCAUGCAAUAAACUUUAAUGAAAGUUGA